AUGGCCACAGGGCUCAAGAAACUUAAGAAGCAUCCACCCUUUGUGCUGAUCAAUCAGUGGAAGACGUGGGAAGAGGCCCUGUACUACUGCAGGGACAAUUACAUGGACCUGGCUUCCAUCGUUGAUGAAGACACCCAGGCCUGGGCUGAGCUGGAGGCCAAGAAGGCCAACACUCGCUUUGUGUGGCUGGGCCUUCACUACACCUGCACCCUGGAGUUCUGGUUCUGGGUCGAUGACCAGCGCCUAGACUUCAAUCGCUGGAAACCAGAGAAGAAAACAGGAGAUUGUGGCAUGAGUGGUGCCAUGGAGACACGAGAGGAACAUCUCUGGUUCAGCUCCUCUGACUACAAGAAGUUUAAUUUCAUCUGA